AUGGAUCAAUAUCAGAAUACUACUACUACUACUACUACUACUACUACUACUACUACUACUACUACUACUACGACUACUACUACUACCACUACUACGACUACUACUACUACCACUACUACUACUACCACUACUACCACUACUACUACUACCACUACUACUACUACCACUACUACUACUACUACUACUACUACUACUACUACAACGACUACUACUACUACUGCUACUGCUACUACAGAAAACCUAGAAAAUACGAACACACUUUUUUUGGCAAAUGAAGAUUCUACUGCAGUCAAUGAGGAUGAUCGAUGCAACCUUUACGUAGCUUUACACGGUUAUGCUGAAGCACAUAAACAACUUGAACAGACUAAAAGUAUUGAAUUAGAAAUGAUUAUAGUAAAUAAUUUUACAAAUGGUGUAAAGAAUUUAGAAAAUGCUAUCGAUCCAAAUAAUACUGAACUAUUGAAAUCUUAUUCUGGUAUGUUACAUUCAUAA